AAAGUAUAAAAUUUUUCUAUAAAAUAUGCCUUAUCCAUUCCAAAAAGGAGACAUUAAGUCUAUAUCUAAGCAAGAAGUUUUUUUUUACAGUAAAAGAUGAUUGAUUUAAUAGUCUUUUAUAGGCACAUAAUUUUUUUUCUAUGCAAAGAACAAAAACAAUUGGAGGUCAUAAUGAUUUAGUUAAAACAUUAGGAUGGAACUGUAUAGGAAGUAAGUUGGCAUCUGGAUCGGUCGAUCAUAGUUUACGUAUAUGGAAUCCGGAUAAAUUAGAAUUAAGAUAUUCUGUUGAAUUUAAAGGACAUUCUUCAAGCGUUGAUUAUCUUUCAUGGGAUCCUACGCACAGUGAUCGUCUUGUGAGUGUAGGAAAAGAUAAAAUGAUUCGUUUUUGGGAUUAUAGAGAGGCGAAAUGUACCUUAGAAAUCCCAACUAAUGGAGAGAAUAUUAGUGUUACAUGGUCUCCUAAUGGAAACUAUGUAGCUUCUGGAAGCAAGGAUGAUGUAAUUACAUUUGUCGAUGUCAAAGCAAAAAAAGUCAUUAAUUCUGUCAAACAACCUACAGAGACAAAUGAAAUAUCAUGGUCAAAUAGUGGGGAUUUUUUUGCUUUAGCUACGGGACAUGGAACUGUUAAUUUAAUUGAGUGGCCGUCCUUAAAACAUGUUUAUACUAUAGAUGCUCACACUUCUAAUUGUUUUUCUCUGGAAUUUGAUCCUAAGGGAAAAUAUUUGGCUAUAGGAGGAUCAGAUGCUCUUGUUAGUUUAUGGGAUCUUGAUGAAUUUAUAUGUGUUCGAACAUUUUCGAAACUAGAUUGGCCUGUAAGAACACUAAGUUUUACUCAUGAUGGACAAUACAUUGCGUCUGCAUCUGAAGAAAUAGCAAUUGAUAUUUCACAUGUAGAAACUGGAGAACAUAUUUAUAAAAUUCCCUCCAAUGCAACUAACAAAGUUUCUUGGCACCCAUACAAGUAUUGGUUAGCAUAUGCUGGUGAUGAAGUAAAUAAAAAAGGCGAUUUAUCUAUUUUUGGUAUCAACAGUUAAAAUAUCUUCACUUACUGAAUUUAUUUAACAUCUAUACAUAAAUUAUUUUAAAAAAUAAACACAGUCAUUACACUAAGG